GUCAUAAACUGUGUGGUUGAGCAGCACGUCGUCAUCCUACUGUGCCGCUCCGUGGUACGAAUAUUGUUUCAAUGGUCACGGCUGACAUCCCGGCGCAAGGGACUUCUGAAUCUCUCAAUUCACGUCUGUAGUGGCUGUGCUACAGGAAUAACAGGGGUUGUUUCUAUUUUGUUUUGAAUUGCACUCUAUAUUUUGAGUUGGUGAUAAGAAGUGGAUUGGGAAACUGUGUUACUGUGCGCCUAUGGAUAUAGCAGUCGCUUUCAACAUCAGACCACUAAGACCAUCCGGGCUAUGACCUUUUCUUUGGAAGUGAAAUCAGACGGAGCCGUCAAGCCACUGAACCCCAUCAUUUGCUCUCUGUGUUAUUUCUACUGCACGUAGCAUAUAUCGUUUUUUCGUUUAUAUUCUUAUUGCAAUUAUAUCAUGGAAGAGGACAACGUGUUAUCCGAUUUUAAGGACAUUGAGAAAAAGUUGGGUCGCAAUGUUCCUGAAAGUCUCAUUCGUUCCCUAGCGGGAGGACAUCAUCAUCACGACAAACAUGAGGAUAGAAAACCGGCGACACCGAAGAACCGCUCAAACUCUUCUGACUUAAAACGACUGGAGAGCAAGAUAUUAUUUUUGAAACAGGAAAUGGCCCACCUCCGUGCAAUCGAUGUCAAGCUGAUGCAGCAGCUGAUGUCAAUCAACGAGGGCAUCGAAUCCAUCAAAUGGGUGAUGGCGGACAAGGGGGGCCUAGCCAGUCGUGAAAGCAGCCUGACCGGCAGCCUGUACAGCCUAACGGACAGCGAGGACGACACCUCUCCACGCGGCAGCUUCACCAGUCUGCAUGACGGAAACAGUGACGGAUUGGAUGGGAUAUCCGUGGGCAGCUAUCUGGAUACGUUGGAGGAGUUAGCCGAGGACCUUCCAGACCACCCUUCUCCAACGGAUCUUAAUCUCUUCUCAGAUAUACCCAUCAUAGAGAACAAGACUUUCAGCAAGCCACCCAUGCAAGUCAGAGUGGAUUCCGAUGAGUACUAUUGCUUUGGAUAGUGCUAUCAAUAGUGCCAUCAAGCGUUAUCAAUGAGUUGGCAUGGUAAUAGUUCAUUACAAAUGUUUCAUACGUUGUCUUGUUCAUUGAGCUCGCUGUGGGAAAUAUAGCACAUGGAUGUUUCCCUUGAUGAUCUGUUAUUUUCCUGCUGCUAAGUAUUCUACAGUGACAUUUAAGUUGACCUUUAUUUAAUAGGCAAGUCAGUUAAGAACAAAUUCUUAUUUACAAUGACGGCCUACCGGGGGGAACUGCCUUGUUCAGGAAUUUGUUCAACGCUCUAACCACUAGGCUACCUGCCGCCCCUUGUAAAACCAUUUAAGUUGGUUUACAAGGGGCAAAUACUCAGUUGUGCUAGUUUGUAUCAUAAAACCAAAUUCUUUUUUUGUCUUUGAUGCAUUUCCUCCUCACUAAACUUUAGCCACUUGUCGCCAGUUCGGAAGAGAUUUAAACAUCAUUGAGAAUUCAACAAAGGUGCAAUUUAUCUGCCCCCAACAAUAUGAACUACAACCACAAUCAACAGGUCUGAAACAAACAUUUUUUUUUAAAUAAAGUAGUGCACUCUCAUCCUCAUCAUCUUUGGUGUUGCGUUCAAGUGCUCUUACCAAGACCCUCCCCUUGAAUGCUCCAGAAGCGUUGAGGCGACUCUUUUGUUGUUUGUUUUGUUGUUAGAACAGCACGACUGAAUUGGCAAAAAUGUGAUGUGUUUUUCACAAAAUGUUCAUUCAGUGCACUCUGACUGUACUCCAAAGAGUCUGAUACCUCGGUAUCUAAGUAAAAAAGAGACUAUGUCUUUGGUUAGCCGCUCAUCCAUCUGAACUAAGUUAAUGUAGUAGAUAAGGAAUUUGUGGUCAUUUGGAGCAUUAGUGGUUCCGUGCGGAGACAUCGACUGGACUGGUUUAGUGCGGCAGAAAUACCGUUUUCCCUCAAAUAGAGGCUGUAUCAUUCAAGUGCAAUUUGUGAACAUGCCAAAUCACUGUAUUUUAGCUCAUAUACUAAAUAUGGAAGCUAGUAAAAUGAAAAUGAAACAUACAUUUUUACAGUUAUAUGCUUACAUAUUUAACAUUGGACAGAUACAUUGUUCUUGCUGGCUUUUUUAUUUAGACAGAUGGCAGUCGAAUUGCCAUGCCAACAAGGUCAUUAUUUUACUCUUUUUGUUUUGUUUUACCACAAGAGAUGAAUUGCAAACCAUUUACAAAGUGGAAUUCUUGACAUUCACAACACUCAGUUAAUUUAAUAACUAGAUAGUAUUUGUCGAUCACAGUUUAUAACUUACUGUUGAACCAGUCAACUAGUUAAAUGACUGGUAACUAACAAAAUUCAAGUACAAAAGUAAUGCCAUUUAUUUCUGUACAAAGAUGAUGUAGCUUUAAGCUCCACUUUCUGUGUCGAUUCACAUUACCUGUGAGUAUUGUUUCAUGUUGCUUUACUUUUUAACGCUGUAAUUUAUUGUUUUUAUUGGUGUUGUUGAAAGGUUUUUUGGGGAAAAUAAUAAAUAAUAUAUUGUGAUGGUC